AGAGGCGGUAUUAGCCCUUUAAGGAAACGGUGAAGCCUCCGCACGUUCAGGGUGUGGCCUCCGAUUCCUCCCAUAGAGCCGCGUGCCGGGCAGAAGGAUCAGAUUAAAGAGCCGGACGGCCUUUAUUACAGCGUUUUGGGACCUUUAAGGAGUUUACACCCGGAAAAAGCUGCGAAUCUCGUCCCAGAGCGCGCUGUCCCCAGAAACGAGCUCCGAUCAUGAAGUGAUUCAUCAGUUCUUCCUCCGCAACACAGAGAGACAGAGGGACAGGCGGACAGAGGGACAGGCGGACAGAGGUGACUGAGGAGGAACGUGAGGCUGCACACUGGUAAUUAUGGGAUUCUUCGGGCUGCUGAAGACUCAGUUCCUUUGUCACCUGGUCAUCUGUUAUGUGUUCCUGGUCAGCGGCCUCAUAAUCAACGUCCUGCAGCUCUGCAUGCUGCCGCUGUGGUGGAUCAACAAACAGCUGGCUCGCAGGGUCAACUGCAGACUGGCCUACUGCGUCUCCAGCCAGAUGGUGGCGCUGCUGGAGUGGUGGUCUGGGACUGAAUGCACGCUGUACACGGAUCCGGAGUCCUACCCCUUCUACGGCAAAGAGAACGCCAUCGUCAUCCUCAACCACAACUUCGAGAUCGACUUCCUGUGCGGAUGGACCUUCUGCGAAAGGUUCGGGGUUCUCGGGAGCUCAAAGGUUCUGGCGAAGAAGGAACUGGCCUACAUGCCUGUGAUUGGCUGGAUGUGGUAUUUCCUGGAGAUCGUCUUCUGUAAGAGGAAGUGGGAGGAGGAUCGCAAGACAGUGGUGGAGAGCCUUCAGCGCAUUCAGGACUAUCCAGAGAACUUCUGGUUCCUCCUGUACUGCGAGGGAACCCGCUUCACCGAGAAGAAGCACAAGAUCAGCAUGGAGGUGGCGGAGAAGAAAGGCCUCCCCAAACUCAAGCACCACCUCCUGCCUCGGACCAAGGGCUUCUGCGUCACCGCCCAGAACCUCAGAGGAACCGUUACUGCUGUGUACGAUUCUACACUUAAUUUCAGAAACAACCAAACGCCAACCCUACUCGGAGUGCUUAAUGGGAAAAAGUACCACGCUGAUUUAUACGUGAGGCGGAUUCCUCUGGACACAGUCCCAGAGAACGAGCCUGAAUGUGCUGCCUGGCUCCACCAACUCUACCAGGAAAAGGACGUCUUCCAGGAGCAGUACAGCCAGACGGGCCGCUUCCCCGGCCCCAUAGUGACCCCCCCGCGCCGAGCCUGGCCUCUGCUCAACUGGCUCUUCUGGAUCUGCCUGCUGCUCUGCCCCCUCUGCCUGCUACUGCUGCAGCUGUUCCACUCAGGAUCAGCCGUCACCGUCGUCACCACAGCUGUUCUAUGUGUCGCAGUCCGGAGGUGAUGGAGUGUCGAGGGACCUCAGCUGCUGUUCGCUGGAUGAUCGGACAGACCGAGAUCAACAAGGGCUCCAGCUACGGAAACAAAGAGGUUCCACUCAAUAACAACGACUAAGGGCGAAGGUCACCAGCUGAGGCAGCAGGACGUGGGUAAUGCCAUCAGCGUCCACACCGAGAGCACGAGUGGACCGAGACACGGUCGGCUGUUUCAGUUCACCGGCUGAAAAAAGGACAAUAUAACUGAACUCACAAUCUGGCUGGUUAACUAAUGGGCGCAGGGAGAAGUGGCCCGUUUCCCUUUAAGGGCCCGGUUCUGAUUUGGGUUCUGUUCAUUUUCUUUGGAAUAGCUCUGCUGGGACAGGAUUGGUUUACAUGAGGAGGGGAACGUCAUCAUUACCAGCGCUUCUCAGUCAUUCAGUCCUGUCCGAAACGCCAGGUCCGUCAUUUUUACAGACUGCGUCAGCUUCUGUUAAACGAGACAUAAAAAUACGCUCAGCUGAUAUUAAUAACGCACGCACAGACCUGCCGGUAACACUAGCACAUCCUGUGGAAACAGGAUGUGAAGUGUGGAGGCUCUGCUCGCUCAUGCCCUGUUAAACACAUGAAGACCAUUAAAUGUUUGCUGCUUUUGUAA